CUAUCAAUUUCUUAAACACUAGUCCCUCGUGAUAGUUUUGAUGCGACUCUGUUUCUUUCAUAAAAGACUUCAUGACCCCCACACACACCUCCACAGUCCACACACACAGACACAUAUAUACUCUCACCCCUCGCUUUCAAUAUCUCUCUCUCUCUCUCUCUCUCUCUCAAUCUCUCUAGGUCGCUCCCACCAGAAACAAAAAUGGGUUCUUGCCCGAAAGCCGCUUCUGGUUUUCAGCAACGACGAAACCCUCUUCUUGUAAAACAGACAUAACUAGAAACUCGAAACGAUUCUUCUUUUUUCCUCACUUUUUUUUUAAAUUCUCCAUCUAUUCAAAAACACCCCCACAAAUGGCAGCCACUUCAUUGGUUCUAACCUGUUUCUUCUCGAUCUUUCUGUUGACUCAUCGAGUCAACUCAGAGUCACUCCAAGAGAAACAAGCUCUCCUCACCUUCCUCCAACAGAUCCCCCACGAGAACCGUCUCCAAUGGAACGAGUCAGACUCCGCCUGCAACUGGGUCGGAGUCGAAUGCAGCUCGGACAGAACUUCCGUCCACUCACUCCGGUUACCUGGAACCGGUUUAGUCGGUCAGAUCCCAUCCGGAUCGUUAGGCAAAUUGAGCCAGCUCCGAGUUCUGAGCCUCCGCUCCAACCGCCUCUCCGGUCAGAUCCCUCCAGACUUCUCGAAUCUCACUCACCUCCGGAGCUUAUACCUACAGAACAACGAAUUCUCCGGCGAGUUCCCCGCGAGCGUCACGCAGUUAACCGGAUUGGUUCGUCUCGAUAUUUCGUCCAACAACUUAACCGGACCGAUUCCUUUCUCGGUCAACAACCUCACUCAAUUAACCGGUCUAUUCCUCGGGAACAAUCGAUUCUCUGGGAACCUUCCCAGCAUAACCGUCGAUUUAACGGACUUCAACGUCUCCGUUAACAACCUUAACGGAUCGAUUCCAACGUCGUUAUCUAAAUUCCCAGCCGCGUCGUUCGCUGGAAACGUGAAUCUCUGCGGCGGUCCGUUGAAGCCUUGCAAGUCCUUCUUCGUCUCUCCGUCGCCGUCUCCGUCGUCGCCGGACGCUCCCUUAUCCGGGAAGAAAUCGAAGCUCUCCACGGCGGCGAUUAUCGCGAUCGCCGUCGCGGGGGCGGUGGUUGGGCUUCUCGUUUUAGCUCUGCUUUUGUUCCUCUGCUUGAGAAAACGACGACGGGGGAAGGAGGGUGGGACGAAAGCUGCGGAGACGACGGCGACGACGAGAAGCGUCCCUUCAGUACCUCCGGCGGGAGGAGCUUCGUCGUCGAAGGAAGUCACGGGGACGUCGUCGGGGAUGGGGGGAGAGACGGAGAGGAACAAGCUUGUGUUCACGGAAGGAGGAGUGUUUAGUUUCGAUUUGGAGGAUUUGCUGAGAGCUUCGGCGGAGGUUUUGGGGAAAGGAAGCGUAGGGACGUCGUACAAGGCGGUGUUGGAGGAAGGCACGACGGUUGUUGUGAAAAGGUUGAAGGACGUGGCGGCGAGCAAGAAGGAGUUUGAGUCGCAGAUGGAGGUUGUUGGUAAAAUCAAACACCCGAAUGUUUUUCCGUUGAGGGCUUAUUAUUACUCCAAAGAUGAGAAGCUUCUUGUCUUCGAUUUCAUGCCCAAUGGAAGCUUGUCUGCUCUUCUCCACGGGAGCCGUGGCUCGGGACGAACACCGUUAGAUUGGGAUAACCGUAUGAGAAUAGCAAUAACAGCGGCAAGAGGUUUGGCUCAUCUUCAUGUUUCAGCCAAAUUAGUGCAUGGAAACAUCAAAGCCUCAAACAUACUCCUACACCCAAACCAAGACACAUGCGUCUCUGACUACGGACUUAACCAGCUCUUCAGCAACUCCAGUCCGCCAAACCGUUUGGCUGGUUAUCAUGCUCCCGAAGUUCUCGAGACCCGUAAAGUAACUUUCAAAUCCGAUGUGUACAGUUUCGGGGUGUUGCUGCUCGAACUCCUGACCGGUAAAUCGCCAAACCAGGCAUCGCUUGGCGAAGAAGGAAUCGAUCUACCUCGGUGGGUGCUUUCCGUGGUUAGAGAGGAAUGGACCGCUGAAGUUUUCGAUGUCGAGCUUAUGCGAUACCACAACAUAGAGGAAGAGAUGGUUCAGCUUCUUCAAAUCGCAAUGGCGUGUGUCUCCACGGUUCCUGAUCAACGACCGGUGAUGCAAGAAGUGCUGAGAAUGAUUGAGGAUGUGAACAGAAGUGAGACUACCGAUGAAGGGUUAAGACAAUCGUCUGAUGACCCGUCAAAAGGAUCAGAGGGUCAGACUCCUCCAGGGGAGUCAAGGACACCGCCACGUUCUGUCACGCCUUAGUAAAUUAAAGCAGCUUUAGUCUUUUGUGUGUGUGUUCACUUUCUCCUUAAAAGGAGAUGGAAGAAAAAAUGAGAUUUAGUGUGUGAGGUCUUUGUUGGGUUACGGUAAAGCAAAAAAAGACACGACGACUAUUCUGGCAUUUGGACCACGUUCUAAAGGAUGGCAUCUCCCAUCUAUUUUUUUUUUUUCUUAUUUUUAUCAAUACAUUCAAAAUAUUUUAGGGGUUUGUUUAAUCUUAUUUGAAUAUUGUGUUUACAGGUUUAAAUCAAAGUUCAAUCUACA